CGCAAGAGGCGGGCCGCGCCGCCGCCGCCUCUGCUUCCGCCGCCGCCGCCGCCACCGCCGCCGCCGCGCGUUGGGCGGGGAGGAGCCGGAGGCGGAGAAGGAGGCGGUGGUGGCGGCUGGGUCCAGCGCUGGACGUCCCGGAGUCGCUGGACAUUCCGGAUUCUCUUACAACUUCUUCAGCACAUCAGUAAGACUAAAUCAGAUCCAUAAUUCCACUGACGGGGCACCUGAAAGCUGCCAUAUAUGUCACAGUACACAGAGAAAGAGCCAGCAGCAAUGGAUCAAGAAUUCAGCAAAGCUGCCUGGCCCAAACCAGCAGGAGUCUAUCAAACAAUUACAGGCAGGAGAUAUGGAAGGAGACAUGCAUAUGUCAGCUUUAAGCCAUGUAUGACUAGGCAUGAAAGGAGUUUGGGUCGGGCUGGUGAUGACUAUGAAGUGUUGGAACUAGAUGAUGUUCCAAAGGAAAGUUCCUCAGGUUGCAGUCCAGUGGAUCAAGAUCAUCAUUCUUUACCCAGUGAUACUUUAUCAGAGAAAAAUGAAACGGAAAUUCCAGUUUGUGGUUCAGCAUUGAGUCCGUUCAGGGAGAGCAGUCCUCCCUUUGCAGCCAUGCUCUGUAGUGAGGAAGGCAGGGAGUCCUUAGGGAGAAGUAUGAAUCUUCACAAUCACUCUGAGGGUGAAUACUCACCAGGAGAUUGUAAUGCCUCAAGUGAUGAAAAUAGAGUUGCGUUGGUUCAUACUGAUUCUUAUGUUCCAGAUAGUAGACAUGGAGAGGAUACUGACCAUCUUCAUCCUUCCACAGAAGUUGUGGAAGGUGAGAGAUGUCAGGAAGCAUCAGGUAAUACAGUGUUCGUGUUGGAAAAUGGAAAAGUGGAAGGCUACGCUGGUCUGUCACUACCAGCUCCUUUUUUUAACUGUGAAAUCAGAGAUGAACUUGAAGAGUUAGAUUCAGCACCUAUAGUGAAAAGUUCUACUGUGGAUCCCGAGUUCGUCCAUCAGAGCAGUCAGGAAUUUCAGGUGUCCUACUCUGGAGAUGAGAUUGUUGAGAAGAAACCGCAUAAUCAUAUUAGCCAGGAGAGACAGAGAGAACAUUCACCAGAAGAUUUAGCCCGUGUGCUGGUUCAUAGUAAAAGUGAACCAAAUGCCAGAGACAGGACCAGGAACCAGGGCUAUUCUCCAGAACAGGUGGUUAGGCCCAAGGUUAGAAAAGUGGUAAGUGCAAGCCAGGUGGAUCAAGAAUCAGGUUUUAAUAGGCAUGAAGCCAGUCAGAGAAGUGUUCAGAAGUGGAAGGAGGCUUUGGAAGUUGAGAACAGCUCGGAUGACCUCCUUGCUAAGUGUGACGACUACAGUGGAGAACACGAGUGUAUGUUCUUGGACCCACCCUGUGCAAGGGCGACACCAGGGGAAACAGAAAGUGGAGCCACAGCAGGAAGGCCGGAUGCCGUGGAUAGCGCCUUUUGGAGUGGCUGUGGAGACUACUACCAGCUCUACGACAAAGAUGAAGACAGUUCAGAGUGCAGUGAUGGCGAGUGGUCUGCUUCUUUGCCUCAUAGAUUUUCUGGCACAGAGAAAGAUCAGUCCUCGAGUGAUGAGAGCUGGGAGACUCUGCCUGGCAAGGAUGAGAAUGAGCCUGAGCUGCAGAGUGAGAGCAGUGGUCCUGAGGAAGAAAACCAGGAGUUAUCUCUUCAGGAAGGGGAGCAGACAUCCUUGGAGGAGGGGGAGGUGCCCUGGCUGCAGUACAGCGAGGUGAACGAGAGCAGCAGUGACGAGGGCAAUGAGCCUGCUGGCGAGUUUGUGCAGCCCCCGGAGGCCUUCAUGCUGGACGGCAACAACAACCUCGAGGACGACUCCAGUGUGAGCGAAGACCUGGAUGUGGAUUGGAGCCUCUUCGAUGGCUUUGCGGAUGGACUGGGAGUUGCUGAAGCAAUUUCUUACGUGGAUCCUCAGUUCCUGACGUACAUGGCCCUGGAAGAACGCUUGGCCCAGGCUAUGGAGACCGCCCUGGCACAUUUGGAGUCUCUUGCGGUGGAUGUGGAGGUGGCCAACCCACCAGCCAGCAAGGAGAGCAUCGAUGGGCUUCCCGAGACUCUGGUUCUUGAAGAUCACACCGCCAUUGGCCAGGAGCAGUGCUGCCCGAUCUGCUGCAGUGAGUACAUCAAGGACGACAUUGCCACCGAGCUACCCUGUCACCACUUCUUCCACAAACCUUGCGUCUCCAUUUGGCUCCAGAAGUCAGGAACGUGCCCCGUGUGCCGCCGCCACUUCCCGCCCGUCGUUGUGGAGGCCUCUGCAGCUUCCCCGCCGGAGCCCGAGCGCGACGCCCCGCCUUCCGCCUCCUAAGGCCGACGUGAAGAAGACCCAACGCAGUGCAUCAGCAGAUCCCUCCUGACCGACGUGCAGAUGAUUAUAUAGAAAUAUAUUUAAAUGCUCUGUGUAGUCUGUGCCAUGGUUUAGAGAGAGAAUCGCCUUUCUAAACCAAACUUAGGUUGCAGGAAGUGCUAAACAUUUUCCACCUGAAUGUUGAAUCCUUAGUUGACUGUGUUCACAUUUCAACUGUAAAGUCAAGCUUAUCAGUGAAUUCCUUCCAGAAGAAAUAAUCAUCUAUGUGGCAUAUAAUAUUGUUUUCGUCUGAGUGUUGCCACUAAGUGAUUAUGAUUAAGCUCUCCUAUUUGCAUCAAAUGUGAAGACUGUGAUCACAGCAGUGGUAAAAUUUGGUUUCAUUGGAAAUAAAAAGAUUUCUAAAACAUGGUUUUUUUGCAUUGGUUCCUUUACUUUUGCCACAUUAAAACCUCUUGGUAAGUAAUACUGAGUGGUUUUUUUGGAAAGUAUCUACUUUCCCAUCAAAAUUAGGACUUUUUACAAAGUCAAACAAAAGCUAAAAUUCUCAGUAGAGCAUUACAAAAUUUUAAAGUCUGAAAUUAUAGAUAAUAAAAUAAGUUAUUUUCUUCUAGUGGUGGAUGUACUUAGAGUGAUACUAAUAAGACAUGCAGCAUGAUUGCUGUGUCUGGAGCUAGAGGCAGAACUAGUAAUGCAUAAGGACUGUGCUUGGUGCUCAGUGCUGUGAGGUGGCUUAGGGGCUGUGGGAUAAAGUUUUACUUGAAGGUCCAGAACACUUGAGGCAUAUUAGUUUAAUAAAUAUUUGGUAAUUUAUAUAGUCUAAGAUAAUUUUGGUUCUGAUGUAUUUUGGGAAGUGUGAGAACAUGCAUAAAAGCUUUAACACUCUGUUAUGUUCUGAAGGAAAUUAUGAAUACGUCAGAAAGCUAGAAUAUUAAUUGUACUAACUUAUAUAAAAAAUGAAACUAAUAAGACUGUUAAUGGCCAUUAGUACCAUUUUUAAAGCAUAUCUAAGCUAUACCUAGGUUAGAAUUCAUUCUUUCAAAAGUAUUUUGGAGUAAGGAGUGUUCCUAUUAAAUUCUUGGUAUUUGUUGCUUUGUUUUACCAUAAUGUGUUUUGGUAAUAUCAUUUACCUGGAACUGAAAUAAAAAAUAGGUAGUUUAAGGUAAGCCGAUUACACCAUGGUGAAGAAGGGAGUAGAUAGGAUGACUGCCUAGUGUGGAUGGAACAAAUAUGUGCAUAAUCUCUUUCUUGCUUUCCUUUCUCUAAAAGAGAUAAGGAGAUUCUGACCUCAGAUUUGCCCUCUGUACGAGUUCUUUUCACAGAUGUCUACAAAAAUAAGGGAAACAGCUUUCCUUAUUCUUUCUUUAUUGAAAUGUGAUCCAUUGGGUCAUCUUGUGAUUAUAAGACCCCAAUUGCUAUUGCAUAGCUUUCUUUCUGUGUGAUCGCACUAAUAGUAGGCAAAUAUGUGCAAAUCUGGAAAUAAUAUGUAACUUCCAUAUAUGAUUUGAGAUCAGCACCCGAGAAUGAUGGGCAUCAGAAUACACACUUGAGCAAGGAAAACAGCAAAGCACUUGGUAAGUUCACAUCUACCCAAGUAGUACAUUAAUUAUUUAUUUAGUCCGAAUAUAUAAAAAGAAUACAUGGCUUCCCCAAAGCAAAAUUUUGUUUGUGUAAUUUCUCUAUAUUUCAUCUGUUUUAUUCGUUCAUAAGUGAAUUUUCGCUGUUGGCACAUUGGAGGCUUAAUACAAUACUUGCAUUCUAAUUUUUGCAUAUAUUGUAAAUGUGUCUGGUAUUUACAGCAAAAAAUAAAAUACUGUGUAGCCUUUAAUGGGUAAAAAGAACUGAACAUUGCAUGCAUGUAAUGUGGUGAAUUUGUAAUUUAGGGGUUUUUGGGGGCUUCUAUGGCUUUGGAAAUGCUGACAUUCAGGCCUUAAUACUGCAUUAGCUAGCAUGCUGCCCUGCUGAUGUAUAUAGUCACUGUUGUAAAAACUGAUCUUGCUUGUUUUCUACUCUGAUCUUUCCAUACCAUAUUUCACUAAUGAUUUGUCAGUGUCAAGGAUUCAAAUCAGAUUAAAAUUACUUCUCAUGUGUAUAUCGUGGAAAUUUGUGGUUAGUGUAAUUUUUUGGUUUAUUUUCAAAACUUUGUGGCUAGUGUGAUUUUUUUGUUUGUUUGUUUUAAGUAAUAUUUAUCCACUGUGGCACUUACUGGUUAAGCUCACGACGCCAGACUUCUCUCUAAUAAAAGCCACACAUUAUAUUUAGGCAGUAUUAAGGGACCUUGAUUUUCUUCUCCUAGAUAGCAGCUGUCCCAAAGAAAAUAAUUCUCCGCCUGUUGAGAUUUAGCUCUUGUCUUCCUGUUGCUGAGGCGCGUGGUCCCUAGCUGAGCAGUGCUGGGAGCUGAACUGAGGAGAGCUGCUGCGCUCUCUGCAUCCAUCUGCUGCCCUCCUUCAUUCUUGGCGCCCCAUUGUCUCCAAACAGCUGCUGUGAAGGAGCAGAGUUGAACAAGAGUUGACUUAAGCCUUUUUGUUUAAAAAAAAAUUCAGGUUUUAGCAUUUUUAUUGUAACAAACUGAUAGAUGAUAAGGCUAGUAAGUUUAAAUACCAAAAUAUUGUUUGAUUAUAACUUGGAUCCUUUUGAGAAAGUUGAGAUUAUAUGAGAAAGUAGAAAUAAGUAUGAAUGUUAAUAAAAUUGUUUUUCUCAUUUCUCUGUUAAGCGACUUGAUCUAAUUUUAUUUUUAAAUAUUUUCUUUUUCUCAUAAUAUGAAUGCUAAUAUUUAAAGGUAGACCAUGUGGUUUUCUUUUGUGUUUCUUAAUUGUUUAUCUCUAAGCAAACUAAUUCUUAAGAUUGUGAUCUGGAUUUAUAUAUAAGCUGUAAAAUAUAUAUGAAUUGUUAAAAUGGAAUGCAAGUUUUUCAAAAGCCCAGGUCUAAAUGUAAUGAUUAGUUUUUUGUUCUACAACCCCAAGUCAUCAUUUUCCGUGUAAGUCAUUAACAAAUAAACAGGAUAUACUCAGUGGUCUUUUCCAACA